GAAAUGAUAAAUUACUAUCCCCACUCUUUGGACAUUAUCUUCGAGGAGGGACCAUCAGAAUGUAACUGUGCACUUCAGUUGGGAAUGACGGUUGAGAGUGUGCAUUUCAACACAUGAUAGAGAAUCAUUUUUAUCAUAAAGAAUAACGCAAUGGCUUCAGCAAAAGAUUGUGGAGGGUGUGGACCGGGAUACAGGAGUCCUCUGGCUGCGAUGAAAGAGGGAUUGAGAGAAAAUAUUAUCUAUGUCGUAUGCCCACACACGGAUCCGACGAAGCCCGAUGUCCUUGCUACUGUUGACGUCGAUCCAGACAGUCCCACUUAUUGCCAAAUUAUCCAUAAGCUGAGGAUGCCUCACGUGGGGGAUGAACUCCAUCACUCCGGGUGGAAUGUUUGUGGCAGUUGUCCGGAUAAGAAGAGGAAGAGGAAUGUCUUAGUUUUACCUGCUUUGAUGUCGGACCGAAUUUAUUUCGUUGAUACAAAGGAGCAGAGGAAGCCUGUGAUUAAGAAAGUACUGGGGCCAGAAGCACUCCAUCACCAAGGACUGGCUACCCCUCACACUUCCCAUUGUUCCCCCACAGGGGAGAUAAUCAUAUCAACAAUGGGGCGGCCAAAUGGCGAUGGAUUGGGUGAUUUUCUACGCAUUGAUAGUGAGACACUCUUAGUCAAUGGGACAUGGACGAAGGGAGAGACGAAGGCACAAUUUGGAUACGACUUUUGGUACCAGCCGUAUCAGGAUACUCUCGUAUCCUCCGAGUGGGGGGUUCCUAAAAUUUUCAAGAGGGGCUGGGCUAAGGGAGACGCUACUGAUCCUAUGUCGUACGGAAGAAGCUUGAACUUCUUCUCCUGGAGUAAGCAAACCUUGGAACAAGUGAUUAACCUUGGAGAAGAGGGUAUAGCACCACUGGAGAUAAGAUUUCUUCAUGAGCCCACAGCCAAUGAAGGGUACGUGGGAUGUGCGGUUUCGUCCAAUAUUUUCUAUUUCUUCAAAAAGGAAGAUGGGAAGUGGGACGCUGAAAAGGUCAUCGAUGUACCUGCGAAAAAGGUCGAGGGCUGGAACGCACCCUACAUGAAUGGAAUGAUAACGGAUAUUCUGAUAAGUCUGGACGACAAAUACCUGUAUUUCAACAAUUGGCUCCAUGGGGAUGUGCGGCAGUAUGAUAUAACAGACCGUAGAAACCCGAAAUUAGUCGGUCAAGUGUUUCUGGGCGGAUCGAUCCUCUCAGACUCGAAAGUCCGGGUCGUUGAUGAUAAAGAAUUGACGGCCCAGCCAGAGCCGGUGGUUAUCAAAGGACGGAGGCUGUAUGGCUCACCUCAGAUGCUCCAAUUGAGUCUCGAUGGCCGAAGACUCUACAUCACCACUUCUAUUUUCAAACCGUGGGACAUCCAGUUCUAUCCUGAACAUGUCAAGAAUGGUUCCACAAUGGUCAAAAUCGAUGUUGAUUUGGAAAAUGGCAGCAUGAAACUUGACGAGAACUUUCUGAUUGAUUUUGGAGUAGAUAAGGAUGAUAUCCUCCUAGCACACGAGAUGAGAUAUCCCGGUGGAGACUGCACCUCAGACAUCUGGCUCCCGGAGAUCCAUUAAAAUCGCUGUGCCAAAUAAAAAAUUGAAUAAAGAUAUCCUUGCAAAUA